CGGCAUUCUCGCAAAGAACCAACAUCCGCCGCCGCCCGUCCCAUCCCCUUGCCAAACCCUCGACGAGCCGACCUGUGCCGCCGGCCGGCGACGGCCCCUGCCGAGGGCGCCGAACUAGAACAGGAAAUGCCGCCAGGCGGAGGCGGAGGCGACCACGGCUACGGGGAGCCGGCAACCGCCCGCGGAGGCCGGGAUGGGGAAGAUCCAUCCCGUUCUUCACAUCCGGCGUCGUUGCCGUUGCUGCCUGGCCUCGCCGUCACUCCCCUGCCAUCUGAGAAAGAGAAGAAGAAGAAACAGAAGCAUGUGCAGCAGGAGGAGGAAGUUCCGGCGGCGAGCUUUCCGGAGGACGCUCUCACGGAGAUCCUGUCACGGGUGCCCUGCAGGUCGCUGUGCCGCUUCAAGUGCGUGUCCAAGGAGUGGCUCGCCCUCUGCUCCUACUCCCGCGUCCGCAGGAGGUCGCCUCAGGCCAUGUCCGGCUUCUUCUACAAAGACCACGGCUGCCGUUUCCACAAUCUGUCCGGAAGAGGUCCUCCCAUGGUCGACCCUGACCUCUCUUUCCUGCGCAGCAGCUAUAAACAUUUCAGCGUCACGCAAUGCAGCACCAGCCUUCUCCUAUGCAAAUGCUGGAAAGUUCCCUACCCCAAGCAGCUCGGUUGGAACUCUCUCCCGAAAGGAAAAACCGAGCAAUGCUUCGAAUGGCCCGAGGCCGACGAGUUCGACUAUGUUGUCUGCAAUCCUGCCACUCGGGAGUGGACUUUGUUGCCUCCUAUGGAAUUGCCCGAACACCUCCCGCUUUUCCGCGCAGGCAAAUAUUUCUUAGGUUUUGACGCGGCCAUUCCUUCCCGCUUCGUCGUGUUUGUGCCCCUGAACUCAUCUCAGACAUAUGGCCUGUCUGCGGACAUGAUCUACUCAUCGGAUACUGGAAGAUGGACUUUCACACAGUGCAAUUAUUUCAGUACAUAUUCAAUUAGUUAUCUAGAAAGCACCUUCCUGAAUAACACUAUGCAUUUCCCUACUCGUUAUUCGGCAAUAGUCACAGUGGAUAUGGAAAGGAAAGAUUGGAGGAAAAUUAGAAUGCCACGUGGCAUGACAAAUAAACAUGGUGAUGUUUCCAUUGGGAAGUCCCAGGGACGCUUGUUUGCCUGGCAUAUAAAGAAUCAAGGUGAUUACCGACUCUCCAUUUGGGUUCUUGAAAAUGAUGACAGCGGAAAGUGGACCCUAAAGUGUACUGUUUGCUGUUCCAAACUGUUUGGAAGGGAUUGUCGCAAAAAUUACGAGUCCUACUCGAUGUUCGCAAUUCAUCCAGAACGUAAUUUGAUUUUUCUUACUGACACUAAGGACAAGACAUUGUCAUAUGAUAUGGAUAAUCAGGAAGUGCAUAUUAUCUGUGCUACUGGAGAUUUCUUGGAAGGUCUACCUUACACCCCCUCCUUUGCGGAAUGGACAUCAGAUGGUCACUAAAGGCUUGCAAUACUUAGCAUGACUCUAGUGUCUUAGUAAACAUCAAUUGUUGGAUUAGUCUUAUGUAGUCAUGAAGAAUUUGUAAGUUGUCUAUUUGCUUUCAUGUAAUAAUUAUUGAUGUCACUCUUUUAGCUUCUCGUAUGGGGACAAAUGUGAGAUAAAAAUAUAUUAUCUAUGUUUGAAAUGUUUA